AUGGACAUCGAAGAAAUGGCCUGGAGGUACUACUUCACCAACUUCAACAUCACACGCCCCAACGCCAGCACCCCCGGUAAGCCCGAGCCGUACAUCGCGACCUCCUCGUCCGGGACAUGUAGCGUCACCUCAGUCGGCCUCGCUGCUCUCGCAACUGUCAGAAAAGAUCCGCAUAUGAUGCAUCUCGCGCGACGGAAAUACUCAGCCGCGUUACGCUAUCUUGCCCGUGCAGUUACAGACCCCGUCGAGCUGGCAAAGGGGUCGACGACGAGUGCGAGCUUUAAUUUGUCUAUGUUUGAGAUGAUAAUAUCCGAUACCCCCUCCGCCGCAUACUCCUGGCUGAAGCACAUCCGGGGCACGGCGGCCCUACUGCGCGUCGUGCAACUGCCCAGCCCAAAUAUGCUUUUUGCGAUGGUCGGCUGUUUGCAGGUUUCUUUUACUGUUGCCGUCGGAUGUCUCAUCGCCAACCAACCAGUCUCGCGAUAUGUAACGAGGCUGGUAAAAUCUUUCCGAAAGGAGGAAUGUGAAGAAAUCGCGCCGAUAAUUGAGCUAUUCAUCAUCCUCAGUUCGCUUGUCAAUCUCUACAUCGAGGCAGAGCGGGUCGAUAUCAGUGAUGAUGACGGCAACCAUCUCAGCUCCGCUCUAUCAGACAUCGACGCAGACCUGAUAUCCUGGAAGAAACGCCUCCCACCGAUAUGGACAGGCGAUCCAAACACCGGGAGCGCCAUCCACAGCGGAAACCCACUCUGGAUACCCAAGUUAUGGGGAUACUACCAGCUCUGCCGGAUUCUGACGCAGCGGGUUAUACUGGACCAUACGGUUCAAUCUACACAGAGACGGGAGGAAUCGCUGGCUACGCUAUCGGAGAUGUCAGGCCAUAUAUACGAGCUUGUCCCGAUGAUGCUGAGGAGGUCGUUCUGUCCUAACUCCGCCUAUCCCGAGCAGUGCCUAGGAUUAACCUCCGAUGUGUUCUUCCUUGUUACCAUUCUACAAGCCCUGAUUAAACUGACGGACCGCCGUACCGUCGUCGACGAGUGGGCUGGCCCAGCACAGAAACAGCUCGGAGAGCGAUUCAAUCUGCUGAGAGCCUUUGUCGCGAGAUUCCUACAUUAA